CGAUUUGCGGUCUUUGGUCUACGGUUUCUGGUCUUCAGUCUUCUGUGGUCUUGCUUAGCCGUCGGUUGUGUGGCUCCCAGCCCUUUUCUGCCAAUUCUACAACUGCCAUAAAUUAAAUUUCAAACCAAAAACCCAAAAGGCCGAGUGCAAGUAAACAUAAACCGCAGAAAUCAUGUCUUGGCUGGUGGUUCUGCUGAUCUUGUACAUCAUCUGGGAUGUGAACUACUUCAUCCGGUGUGUCUUCACCGUCUUCGCGGGCAGGCUCUUCCAGGGCAAGCGCAAGGUCACGGACACGACCUCAAUCUUCGGCCUCUGCACCUCCCAGGACGUGGACAUCUUCAUCCGGCACAUGAACAAUGCCCGGUACCUGCGGGAACUGGACUUUGCCCGCUUCCACUUCUACGCUCUGACCGGACUGUACGAGCGGAUCCGGGCCAGGGGCGGCGGCGCCGUCCAGGGGGCCAGUAGUGUCCGGUAUCGUCGCACCAUUCCCAUCUUCCAUCCGUACAAGAUCACCACGAAGCUGGUGUGGUGGGACGACAAGGCCAUCUACAUCGAGCAGCAGUUCAUCACCCUGGCCGAUGGCUUCGUUCGGGCAGUGGCCCUCUCCAAGCAGUGCAUCACCAACUGCAACGUCCUCGACAUCCUCAAGAACUACCCGGAGGCGGCCAAGCGCCCGGAGAUGCCCGAGGAUCUCAAACUCUGGCUGGAUGCCAUCGAGCUCUCCAGCCAAAAGUUGCGCAAAGACAAGUGAUUCCCAAACCUCUUCAAAUCUUGCCUUAAUUUUUUUUUUUAUAAAAAUAUAAGACUUAAUUUUGCUCAAAAUGAUAAUAUUAAAACUUACAUGAAAACUA